AUGAAGCUCGAAGAACUCUCCACCCGUAACCCCGGUAUGGCGGCCACCAUCAGCGCUGAAAAAGACGGCUCCCAUGAAGCCAAUGGCAUGAGGGAGGAGCCCACCACGUUGUUGUAUAUGUUGGCUGGGGCCUCCAAACUGCGUCGUCAACUCCACGAAUCCAAUGAGCUGAUCGUGUGUCCCGGAGUAUAUGACGGGCUAUCCGCGCGAGUGGCCAUGGAGGUUGGCUUUAAGGCUCUUUACAUGGAGGAGCAUCAGACAGGAGCCGGAACAACCGCCUCGCGACUGGGCAUGGCCGAUUUGGGUCUGGCUCAGUUGUAUGACAUGCGAACCAACGCGGAAAUGAUUGCGAAUUUAGAUCCGUACGGACCGCCUCUUAUUGCUGACAUGGAUACGGGAUAUGGAGGCCCGUUGAUGGUGUCCAAAUCCGUGCAACAGUACAUCCAGGCCGGGGUUGCUGGAUUCCACAUCGAAGAUCAAAUCCAGAACAAGCGAUGCGGUCAUCUGGCCGGCAAGAAGGUGGUUGCUAUGGAGGAGUACGUGACGCGGAUCCGAGUCGCGAAGCAGACCAAGGACCGACUGCACUCGGACAUCGUGCUGAUUGCGCGCACCGACGCGCUGCAGCAACAUGGGUACAAUGAAUGCAUCAAGCGUCUGCAGGCGGCACGGGAUCUCGGUGCCGACGUCGGUCUGCUAGAGGGUUUCACCUCCAAGGAGCAGGCGCAACAGGCGGUGCAAGAUCUGGCCCCGUGGCCGUUGUUGCUGAACAUGGUAGAGAAUGGCGCAGGGCCGGUGAUUACCGUCAAGGAAGCCCAGGAGAUGGGUUUCCGGAUCAUGAUAUUCUCGUUUGCUUCCUUGGCUCCUGCGUAUCUGGGAAUCAAAGGUGCGUUGGAGAGACUCAAGAAUGAUGGCAUCACGGGUAUUCCGGAUGGGUUGAGCCCCAAGAGACUGUUUGAAGUCUGCGGGCUGAUGGACUCAGUGCGGAUCGAUACAGAUGCUGGGGGAAACCUUCUCCAGUUCAACCACCAGCCUCCCAUGCUCGACGUCUUUGCACAAUCUCGGCAACAGACUCAGCUGUACCGAUACCAAGUGCUCUCUCGCAACACUCCUUCUCUCACCCAGGUUGAACUCUUGUCCCGUCACAUGUGCACGAAAUAG